GCUGGGGCUUAAUUAAAGUCAGUUUAAGCCUAGGUGAAUGUUACUAACCUUUGCGCCUGCGCGCUAUCCCCGAGACUACAUUUCCCAGAAGGUAGGAGAGGACUUUGGGAGACGGACGGCUGCCAGCAAGGACCACGCUAUCUCUGAGCAGAUGCAGUUGGGGAGAUGUCCAUUUCCAUCCAUUUCCACUUAGGUGAAGAUUGGGAAAAGUUCCUGGUUUCGUGGACAGGACUUGGGAAAGGACAGAAGCUCAAAGAAAACACUAAAGAAGGAAUGAUUUUUGCAGGACCAUGACUUUCAAGAGAAAGGGCUGCAAUCUCAAGACUCUGCACGUUAACCAGAAAAAAACAAUUGAAGAAAAAAUGACUUCUGGACUCCUGAGUUCCUCAUCCCAGAAAUUACUGACAUUCCAAGAUGUUGCUGUGGAAUUCACCCAGGAGGAAUGGAGCUAUUUGGAUCCUGGCCAGAAGGACAUGUACAGGGAUGUGAUGCUGGAGAACUAUGAGAAUUUUCUAUUUUUGGGGCUUCCAGUAACUAAACCAGCUGUGAUUUCUUGUCUGGAGAGACAUGAAGACCCCUGGCUAUCACGGGAAGAAGACUCCAGAUGCAUUUCUGAGGAUUUCCAUGUUGAGAAGAGAGAACAUGAAACCAAGGAGACAACUCCAAAACAAUGUAUUCCUACCAGACAGACAUCCAGAGAGAGACUCAUAAAGGAUGAUUUCUACAGUUCUAAAUUGGGAGUGGCUUGGAGUUAUGACACAGGAUUAGAAAGGCAGAUAAGCAACCUGGAAAGACAGUCCAUGAAGCUAAUAGUUAAACAUAGAAAAACUCACAAGUUCAGUGUUCCAUAUUUUUUUCAAUUUGGAAGAAAACUCAGUUUCAAUUCAGUCCUCCUUCCACAACAGGGAGUUUCUAUAAAAAACAAUUUUUAUAAACAUGAUAGAAUUGGAAAGCGAUUCAAAUGCUUUUCAGACUUAAUUAAAUCUAGCAGAAUUUCCAUGGUGAAGAACUGUUAUAAAUUUAAUAAAUACAAGAAGUUUUCCAGUUACAACUCAAACCUUAAUCAUUUUCACAGAGUGUGUUCUCCAGGAGAAUCUCAUAGAAUUAAUGAUUGCGACAAAACCUUCCAUAUCAAUUCAUGGCUUACUGUACAUGGAGGAAUUCAUGGUGAAAAGAAAUCUCAUAAGUUUGGUGAAUGUGGUAAGGUUUCCAGCUACAAUUCAUAUCUUGCUGUUCAUCAGAAAAAUCUAGAAGAAAAGCCUGUAAAACAGUGUAAUAAACGUAGGAAAACUUUUAGCCAGAGGGGAUAUCUUUGGCAACAUAGGAAUAUUACUACUACAGAAAAACUAUAUAAAUGUAAUGAAUGUGGGAAAGCCUUCAGCCUUAAGGGAUCCUUCACUAGACACAAGAAAAUCCAUACUGAAGUGAAACCCUAUAAAUGUAAAGAAUGUGAAAAAGCCUUCAGGUACAAGGAAUAUCUUCAUAUACAUGAAAGAAUUCAUACUGGAGAGAAACCCUAUAAAUGUAAAGAAUGUGGAAAAGCCUUCAGGAACAAGGGAUACGUUAAUAGACAUGAAAAAAUUCAUACUGGAGAGAAACCCUAUAAAUGUAAUGAAUGUGGAAGAGCCUUCAGCCUUAAGGAAGUCUUUAAUAGACACAAGAAAAUCCAUACUGCAAUGAAACUCUAUAAAUGUAAAGAAUGUGGAAAAGCCUUCAGGUACAAGGAAUAUCUUCACAGACAUGAGAAAAUUCAUACUGGAGAAAAACCCUAUAAAUGUAAAGAAUGUACAAAAGCCUUCAGGUCCAAGGAAUAUCUUCAUAGACAUGAGAAAAUUCAUACUGGAGAGAAACCCUAUAAAUGUAAAGAAUGUGGAAAAGCCUUCAGGUACAAGGAAUAUCUUCAUAGACAUGAGAAAAUUCAUACUGGAGAGAAACCUUAUAAAUGUAAAGAAUGUGGAAAAGCCUUCAGGGACAAGGGUUAUGUUAAUAGACAUGAGAAAAUUCAUACUGGAGAGAAACCUUAUAAAUGUAAUGAAUGUGGAAAAACCUUCUUAUGUAAGGGAACCCUAGAUGUACAUGAGGCAAUUCAUUCUGGAGUGAAGCCUUAUAAAUGUAAUGAAUGUGGAAAAGCAUUCCGUCUUAAGAGAAUCCUUAAUUCACAUAAGAGAAUUCAUACUGGAGAAAGACCUUAUACAUGUAAUGAAUGUGGAAAAGCCUUCAGUUUUAAGGGAAACUUUUAUUCACAUAAGAGAACUCAUACUGGAGUGAAACCCUAUAAAUGUAUUGAAUGUGGAAAAACCUUCAGCCGGAAGUAUCACCUUGAAAGGCAUAAUAAAACCCAUACUGGAGAGAAACCAUAUAAAUGCAGUGAAUGUGGAAGAAGCUUCAAUUGUGAGAGAACCCUAGAUGAACAUGCAGUAAUUCAUACUGGUCAGAAUCCCUAUAAAUGUAAUGAAUGUGGAAAAUCAUUCAGGAAGAAGGGAGGCCUUAAUUCACAUCAGAGAAUUCAUACUGGAGAGAAGCCCUAUAAAUGUAAUGAAUGUGGAAAAGCAUUCAGGCAGAAGGGAGGCCUUAAUUCACAUCAGAGAAUUCAUACUGGAGAGAAGCCCUAUAAAUGUAAUGAAUGUGGAAAAGCUUUCUUUGAUAAGAAAACCCUAGAUGUACAUGAAGCUGUUCAUUCUGGAGUGAAGCCUUAUAAAUGUAAUGAAUGUGGAAAAGCCUUUAUGCAAAAGGAAGGAUUUAAUUUACAUAAGAGAAUUCAUGCUGGAGAGAAACCGUAUAAAUGUAAAGAAUGUGGAAAAGCCUUCAGCGACAAGGGAUAUGUUAAAAAACAUGAGAGAAUACAUACUGGAGAGAAAUCUUAUAAAUGUAAUGAAUGUGGAAAAGUCUUCAAGUCUAGGGGGUAUCUGAAUAGACAUACAAAAACUCAUACUGAUGUGAAAUAGUAUAUGUUUUGAAUGUGGAAAAGCUUAAGUGGUAUAGAAAUUUUAAAAGACAUAAAUUCAUACUGGAGGGAAAGCCUGUGAAUGUACUGAUGUUGAAGCAGACUAUAGUCAAAAUCCAAACUUGGAAUCUAAUGAAAUUGAGAAAAGUUUCUUGUGCUCAAACCUUAAGAAACAUCAGAUAAUUCAUACGUGAGAAAUCUAAAUCUCAAGAAUGUAAGAAGGCUUUCAACCAGUAGGAAUGCUUAAUAGAUUCAAUAGAACCCAUAUUGGACAGGAACUUUUUUCAAAGCUUUUUAUUUGAAAAUAUUUUCAUGGGCUCAAGCAAAUAUAACAGAUUAGGCAGUCAGACUGACUGAGCAAUUGGGUUUGGGGGAACACAAUCUUUUAUAACCAGGGUACUUGGAAGAGUUGGGGGGCAGGAUCUAGCCAGUAGAGUGAGAUAUUGACCUUUUGGGGCAAAGUUUGUUUAAAAAUACUUACUAGACAAUCUCAGAGGUUGGACAUAUUAUGGAUUACAAAGCCAAGUAAACUCCAGCUUCCCAUCAUUCUGUGUAAACAAGACAGGAUGGCUUUUUUUUUUUCAUUUUCCUGAUAAUGGAGACCAAAUGAACUCAAAAUCCCCAUCAUAAAUACUAUCCAUUUUUAUUAUUUCAGUCUCUGUCUCAAUGUUUUUCUCUUCCCUCUCACAAAAUAUUUCUUAUUCCUUGAUUUGUGCCCUUCUUCCUAAAUCACUUUCUCAUUCUUUUGGCUUUAUCCUGUACUUCUCUUGAAUGAUUUAUAUCCCCCCCACCCCCAGGAGAAUGUGAACUUUCUGCAGGCAGAAUCUGUCUCAUUUUCAUAUUUGUGCUGUUAGCACCAAGGAUAGUUCUUCCCAUAUAAUAUUUAAUAAAUCCAUACUGGUGUUUUUAUUUUUUUAGGGUGUAUUUACAGUCUGCAACUGCUGCUUUUGAGUCUCAUCUUCCUAAUGUAUCUACUUUGUCAUUCCAGUGAGCUCUGAUAAUACAAAGGCACAAAACCUCAUUGCUAGUAGGGACUUGAGCAUAUAUCCCAUUUACAACAUAACUUACAAGUAAUCAUCAGUAGCUUUAAAGAUCUAUGUUAUGUUUUGUCCGUUUCUGAUUGUUUAUGACAUAAUUUGGAGUUUUCUUUGCAAAAAUAUUAGGCUUAUCUUUCUCCAGCUUAUUUAAAAAGGAGA